UCUUGCAAAGAAUUGAAUUGCGCCAUUGCGUUCGUGGAUCAGGUUAUAAUAAUUUGAACAUGUAAGAGAUGGGGGUCGCAGGAGUGAUAGUAUAGCUAUCUUAUAACAGUGCGUAAUGUGUGUACCUAGUGGGACAAUAAUGAAACGCUCCUACUGAUGAUUAACUAUUGGAAUUUACGGACAUUGGCGAGUGAACGUUGCUCUACGUGUUAGUCACUCUCUAACGUGCGCAAGGAAGCUCCUGGCAUGCGAUCUGAAUGUGGGCGAGCCUGGAGAUUUUACACUUUGUCACCGCAGCAGAAAAGAAUCGAAACCAGCAGCAGAAGACGAUGGACCGUCGCCACAGCCCGUGUGGCCACCGGGGGUCAGCCGGUGUCCGGUCUGAGCACAAGCGCAGCAGGGAAGAGAGGAGCGGGGGCGGCGAGGACAGCAAGAGAGGCAGUUCCAGCCGCGGAGAGAGAAGCUCCCCCGGCUCCCCUCCUCCCCGGGUGCUGAGCGUGCGGAGGCAGCUGUACGACAGAGACUUCCCGCUGUACAAGCAGCCGGUGGAGGUGGGGCAUUUCUCCCUGGACGCCAAGCGCAGGUUUUUCAGCGACGCCAGGCAGCUGAGGUAUUACGUGCAGCCGGAGCGCUGCCCCAACUUCGACCUGAGAGACGGCUACCGCGACCGCUACGUGAAGAGGGACGAGGCCGUUAAAGAGGGACUGGAUCACCUUCUCCGGUGGAUCCUGGCGAACAGAUCGAAGCUCCGGGGGACCCCGGACCAAGGUGGCACGGCGUCGCCUGCUUUCAAUAGCAGGCUGGACGUGGACUUCGUCACGUGGCGCGGUCACCUGACCAAGCUGCUCACCACGCCGUACGAGACGAGGGAGGGCUGGCUGCUGGCGGUGUCGCAGCUCGGCGGCACGCUCUACGUGAGCGAGGUGGAGACGGAGGCCGCGCGCCAGAGCCGCGAGAGCCGCACGGAGAGGCACGAGGAGAUGAUGUUCUGGGGCUACAGGUUCGAGCAGUACUGCUGCGCAGACAAGCCCGGGGGCAGGCCUGCCCCCCGCGGGGUGGUGAACACCAACGAGGCCUACUGCACCGUCGUCCGGACGCGGCUGGCCGGCCACAGGCUGCUCUUCUCCGGAGAGGUGGACUGUCGGGACGAGAGCCCCCUCUCGCCCCCCGCCCCGGGCUGUUACAUAGAGCUGAAGACCUCCGCCGAGAUCUGCACCCCGAAACAGCGCAGCAACUUCCACAGGUUCAAGCUGUUGAAGUGGUGGGCUCAGUCCUUCCUCCCGGCUGUCCCAAGAAUUGUCGCUGGAUUCCGCGACGAUAAUGGUGUCGUCGUCUCCGUGGAAACGUUUCACACCUCUAAGAUCUCCCAGCUCAUCAAGAGUGAGCCGAACUGCUGGAAACCAACAGUUUGUAUGAAUUUCUGCUGCGACUUCCUGUCCUUCGUCAAGACUGUGGUUGCAGAGGACGACCCCAGGGUGGUGUACCUGUUCUCCUGGGAACCUUACCGAGAUGUCACCUACUCCGUUCACAGGGACUCUGAGUACAGCUUCCUGCCGGACUGGUAUGUGAAGGAAAUGACAAACACGGACCUCCUGUAGGCCCACCUCAGCUGAGCGCUGUAGUUUUCCCCACUGAGGGCCCGAUGGCUCUAAGGAAUCCAGCCGGAUCCCACUAGAGAACAGUACAGCCAAGGAAAUCUUGAGCGGCACUCAGACAGGGAAGUAAAGACACGGAAGCGCUUUGGUUUCCCCCGGGACCUGGUGGGAACUGUGAGUGGAGGGUCAAGCUGUACAGGAGGGAAGAGGCAGAGAGACGCAGGUACAGAAAGGAGAGCUGCUGUUCGGCAUCGAGUCCGUCUCGCGGGAUAUUCAAAUCAGUGAACCCUCAGGCCCUGACUGGCUGGGAGAGGCAUCCAUACAGGGUCACGUUCUCAAGGCCUCAGUGCUGAUUCGGAUCUAGGGUGUGCCGGUAGCCAGCUGUGACCAUGGUUUCCCUGGCGGCACAGCACAACUGGCAUUGUCCUUGGCUGGGCACGGAGGAGUGACCCUCCCCCUUUCCUCCUGGCUCAGGCUGGCAGAGAGCGCGCCACUGUUCUCGAUCCCGACUCCUCGUGCAAGUACUCGCUGCCCGGAGUGCGUGUCGCCAGGACUGAAAUAAACCGAUUUCAGCGCGAAUCACGCAUUGAGAGUGAGAGGCGGCCUUCGUCCAUAAGUCUCGCAACAGCAACGUCUCCCUUUUCCAGUCUCCGUGAAAUACGAGCCCGGAUUCGCAGUUGUUUCAGCGCUGAUGAGACGAGGCCCUGUGUUAUCGAAGGAUGUGUAGUUCAGGUACAGGCCUGGGUUAAACCAAAGAUAAGUCAGUGCAUUAAAUAAAUCCAGAUUUCUGUACUAUAUUGUGUAAAGUGUUAGAAACUUAAUGUCUAAAUCAGGAGUGCCCAACCUUUUAAUGUAAGAUCUACCUUUUCAUUUGCCAGUCCAAGGCAAUCUACCAGUGUGAAUCUGAAGCUCUUAUAUAGGAAAAACAGACUGUGGGCACAUUGGUACAAUAACGAUACCCAUCACUAAAAUGACAGCAAUUAAAUGACAAAUGACAUUCAAGUCUGUGAGGAAGGCUAAAUCCAGAAGCCACUGGUCAUCCUCUAUUUGGGCAUAUUCAUCAUGUUUAGGCAUCUUGAGAAACUCUUUGAUUUCAGGCAACAGCUGUCGGAACCUCACCAAAAAUGUCUGUUUUUUAAAUCUCUCAGUCUCAGUCAGACAGCAAGUCAGCAGCCUCGGCAAACGCUUUUUUUAUGACUUCUCGAUCCCUGAAUGACUUGUGUUGAGCCUGGACGUGGCUCACACGGAGCGAUGAGACGAUUGCCGCUUUCCCUCUUGUAUUAGGCCUUGUGAAAACCGACUGCUGCUUGAUGAGAUUUUAAUUUUUCCAUUUUUCUUUUCUGUAACUCACUUUUAUUGAAGGUUAUUGAAAAAAGAAAAUAGUCAAAUAGCCCGUUUAUUUUUUGUCACACUUUCUUGCGAUCGAUCGACUGGUUGGGCACCCCUGGUCUAAAUCAUAUAAACGAAAACAUGACACUUGUUUGGAUUUUUCUCGUCAGUGGGGGCUGUGGAGCACGGUGUUGUUUUGUUGUUUUGGAUUAGAAGCAGGUGAUCACGACAGAUGCAGCUUUCACUUGCGAGGGUUUUGGCGAUUUUUGGCUGCUCUCUGUCAUGUUAACAAUUGGCUCUGAGCUGCAGCUUGAUAAGCCAGUCAUACCUGUUCAGCCCUGGUACCAGCAGCCUAAGAUAAAUCAAUGCAUUAAAUAAUUCCAGAAUUCUGUAGUAGAUCUUGUAAAUUGUUUGAAACGUAAUGUCUAAAUCAGCUAGCCAGGACAGGGCUGCAUCCAAUGACAAAAGCUGGACAGCAGACUGCUCUCGUUUUUCACUUUCGAUUCUUAAAAACUGAAACUUAGUGACGGUCACGUCAUAUCACAGCUUCUUAACCAUUUCAUCCCUGAAAUUGCAUUUUGUUCGAAAUAUGUCACAGGAGAGACAACAAGUAAGGUAAGCAUGUUCAAGUGUGAAAUUUGAUCAAAUUGGGUGUAUGUACGUUAAGAUACGGGGACUUGCAAAUGUAUUCAUCCCUCUUACAAAUUAAUAACAAACGAUGCUUGAAUGUUCAAACUGGACACUUCUGUGGGUGACCAGUUCUAAUUCAGCAUGCAAAAUCGUCAUUAAAAGGCAAGUGUGCCCACUCAUUUAAAAUUAAAGAGAAUUUUUUAAUUAUCCAUUCAUCACAAGUCAAAAUGUAUAUCUAUAACUUAAUUUAAUUAAGUUUUCAAUCUUUUUCAAUACUGUUAAUGUGGCCUCAGGGCCUGCAGUACUUACUGCAAUUAUACCUUAAGAUACCAAGCCCAGCUGUUCCUGGAUGAUACAUUUGUGAUGUAGAGCUGCCUGUGUUUUUCUGCAGCUCGCUGGUUCCAACUAUUGUGUGAAGUGAGUAUUCUAGAUGUGGGUGAUUUCUCCUUUUAUCUUUGUACCCCGAAACUGCACAGUUUCGAUUCUGCUCUGCCUGUGACGCAGAUAGUUUGAAAAGGGUGAACAGAACUUAACUCGUGUUGCAUGAAAAAAGGUGUUUGGUAGGAAUUGGAUUUUAAUUAUUGGGGUGGGUAAGGGAUUAAAUCUUUUUAUAUAAUUAGGAUAGUAUAUUAAAAUGUGUAACUUGUCUACUUGUUUCUUUACUGUCCUAUGCAAUAUGAUGUAUAUUGUUUCACAGCUUUUGGGAUUGAAAAUGAGUUAAUGAAUCUGAAGAAUCUAAGAUUCCUCAGUCUUGUAGAUCUCAGAAAUCUCAGAAAAUUGACAAAAUGAUACCGAAAUUCUUUUUAAAUUCUGUUCCAGAUCUGCUAAACCGUACAUCAGGAAUAAAGUUUAUUUUUGUCUGUAA